GACGGCGGGUUUUUACGCAAGUUACCAUCGCUAACGCGUGUGAGCUGACUAGGGAAUUAUUGAUUCCGAAAUUUGAUAAAAGAGAUAUAUAUUUAUUAAAAUUUAUUUAAUGGCAUACGUCUAUAAAACGCGCGUUACAUUAGCACAAUAAUAGGAAUAACGUUUACACAGCACCUGCGACUGUCAACUGAUUUAAGCUAGUCAGCAGCAGCAGUCCACCAACACACACACACAAAGCACACACAUACAGCCAAAAUGGUGGACGCUGCCAGACAAAUGCUCGAUGAGCUAAUGGGCCGCAAUCGAAAUUUGCAUCCAUCUGAGGCUGGACAAGCGGUCAAUUGGGAAGAUCCAGAGUUCUGUCAAUUCUACAAUGUGAAAUUCUGUCCACACGAUCUAUUUAUUAAUACUCGUGCGGAUUUGGGCCCUUGCACGCGUAUCCACGACGAAGAGGCGAAACAUUUGUACGAGGUGGCGCGUCCGUCGCAGCGCAAACGCCAUACAGAGGAUGAGUUUCUGCGCUUCUGCAAUGUGAUGCUGCACGAUGUCGAUCGGAAGAUACAGAAGGGCAAACAGCGGCUGCAGCUAAUGCAGCGGGAUCAUCCGUCAGGGACAAUGUCGCAAGCGGCCAAGCAUCAGGAGCACCUUAACAAUCUAACUGCACGCAUCAAUAAACUGUUGGCCGAGGCUGAAGAGGCGGGCAUACGCGGUGACGUGGAUCAGGCGCAGGAUCUGAUGUUACUAUGCGAGGAUCUCAAGGAGGAGAAGGAGACGUUGAAUCAACAAUAUGAAGCGCACAUGAAGAACUAUCACAAGCAGCGCGCGCCUCCACCACCAACAACUACAACCACAUCCACGCCCACCACACCAACAACAAACGCGACUGAAGCCCCAAAUGUGGACCAGCCGCCACUUGCUAGUCCCGUAGCCAACGUAGAAAACGUAGCCAGCGAUACGAUUGCCCUCGAAAGCAACGAAACGCAUGAAACGGUCGAUGAGGCAACAGUAACCCCAACAACAAUAGCAACUGCAACAUCAAGCGCUGGCGCAUCGCCCACAGCCACUGCAUCCCCCAUAGCCGACACCCAAGACAAAUUGGAGUCCAAGACCGAUGGCAAACAGUCAGCCAAUUGGUCGCACGAAGUGCUGCCCGAAAAACAAAUGAAGGUGUGCGAAAUAUGCGGCGCCUUUCUGAUUGUGGGAGAUGCACAGCAGCGCAUCGAGGAUCACUUGAUGGGCAAACAGCAUUUGGGUUAUUCCAAGCUACGCAAUGCUGUCGCCGAGAUCAAUGAGCGGCGUCAAAAGGAGCACGAAGAGGAGGAGCGCAGACGACGCGAUGAUCGUGUGCAACGCUUUCACAACAGCUACGACAGCAGGCGCGAUCAGCGCGACUAUCGGGAACGCAGUCGUGACUAUCCGCCCAAUCGUCAAUCGUCGGACAGGCGGCAUCAUCAUCACAAAUCGCAUCAUGGUCAUUCGUAUUCGCGCAGUGGCAGCCACAACAGCAGCAGCAGCAGUCGACGCAGCAGUCACAAUCAUCAUUACCGCCACGACAGUCGGGAGCGGCAUGGUCGCAGUCGCAGUCGCAGUCGUUACUAGGAUACAACCAAAACAAUAACAGCAACAACAAUAACAAA